AUGUCAUCCAAAUGCAGCAAAAUCCGCCACAUUGUUCGGCUCCGCCAGAUGCUGCGGCGGUGGCGCAACAAGGCACGCAUGUCGGCGAAUCGUACACCGUCCGAUGUGCCAGCUGGACACGUGGCGGUUUGCGUGGGCACCAACUACACGAGAUUUGUGGUGCGCGCGACGGACCUGAACCACCCCGUUUUCAAGAAGCUUCUAGUUCAAGCCGAGGAAGAGUACGGCUUCUCCAACCAUGGACCCUUGGCCAUCCCCUGCGACGAAGCGGUUUUCGAAGAGAUUCUCCGGUUUAUUUCCCGGUCCGACUCUGACAACUCCAACCGGUUCAUUAAUCUCGAAGAUUUUCAGAAACACUGCCACGUGGGGAUCAGGAACAACCUCGACUUCUGGCCCGAAUCUCGACCGCUCCUCCAUGGUCUACCUGACAAAACGGUUUGGUAG